CAAACUUUAUCUUCUAUAAUCAUCUUCUGUUAAUCAUUCUUCUAUACAUUAAUUAUGAUUCGAUAUUUUAUAGUCAUAUUAUAAUAUUCUAUUUUUUUUAGCAUUUUUUUACUCUAAGCAUAACAGUAGGUUAAAAAUUUAGUUGAUUGAUUAAACAUAAAAAUUGAUCACUGCAUUUAAAAAUUUAAAGUAAGUAAAAUUAAAUAUCUUUAUUUCUUGUUUAUUUUAAGAGAACAAGAGGAUACAACAAACGUACGUUCAGUAGAACCAAUUUUGAACUGUUAGUUUAAAUAUUAAAAUUAAAUUACUAAUUUUCAAACUUAAAGGGAAAAAAAUUAUCUGUGUCUAUUUCAUUACUCUAUGGUUUGUAUGUUGGUUUUUUCGUUAUUUUAGAUUUAAGAAAGAUGAGUGGAAUAUCAAAAUUUAAAAACUUUUUAUCUCGCUUGAAAAUAAAAAUACCGGAAAAAAAAAAUGUAUCAAGAUAAUGUUUUUACCUUUAAGCACAAAUUGAUUCUGCUGAACAGAAAUUUGCUAUAUUGUGGGUUUGUAAGACUGCGACAACAACUAUAUGUACUUAUAAUAUAAUUACAGAGUAAAUUAAAUUGGUGAUGAUGUUUAUUGAUACAUUGGCUAGAAUUCAUCCUAUCAGAAGUUCUUGCUUGAUUUUUGUUCGGAGUAAACAUGUACAAGCAGCACGUUAUAAACGUUCUCUUAAAGGUAACAAGCCAUUGACCUAUGAAAUGGCUGGUCCACCUCACACUAUCGCUCAUAUCAAGGGAUGGAAUUCAUGGAACACAUGUAUGAAACUAUUAGUUAAUUAAUAUAAACAUACUAUGUAAUUCAUAGUAUUUGGGUAAUAUUAUUAAGUUACAGUAAACUAAACAUUUAUUUUUCUAGGUAAUAUGUUGGAUGGCUUGCGACCUGCAGAAACUGCAAUAGACGAUGAGUUUAUCCGUCGUUUCAUAACAGGCACUUGGCACGACUUGAUUGCCAGUGAAAUAAUUAUUAAAAGACAACAUAAUAUCAUACGAAUUGCUGCUAUAACUGUACAAAAAAUUAGUGUAACUAAAAUGUAUUUUCUGAUUGGUUACACGGAAGAAAUCUUAAGCUAUUGGCUACAAUGCCCUAUUAAAUUGGAAUUACAAACUGUUGAAGAUCGUACUGCAGUGGUGUUCAAAUACAUUUAGAAGUGACUUGAAGAAAUUAUUAUUUUUUUUUUUGUAUUAGACUUAAAAAAAAUAAUUGAAUGUAAUAAAUACUUUUUAGGUUUCUUAUAAUUUGGAUUUGUUAAAUAUUUUUAAAUUAUUA